AUGGUCGAAAAGUAUGAGGCGAUGUUCCGCUCUGCGGAAAUGAGCCUAGUGCAGGUUUACAUUCCUCAGGAAAUUGCUAGGGACGCAGUCUACAGUUUGGGUGAUCAGGGACUAGUUCAGUUCCGGGACUUGAACACCAAAAUCCGGGCUUUCCAAAGAACAUUUGUGCCUGAGGUGAGACGUCUGGACAACUUACAGAGACAGUAUCGUUAUCUCUACCAACUUUUGUGUGAGCACCACAUCAAGAUUUUCCCAGAAGCGGACGAGGAACUCUCGCACGGGUUCCAAAUGGCUCCUGGUACCUCCAAGAUUGAUGACCACAUUGAAAACGGGACUUUGAUCGAAGAGCGCACGAAGCAGCUUGCCGAAGCCAGCGAACAGCUCGAAUUGCAAAAAUCCGACCUCGAGCAGUUCCGCCACGUCUUGCAAGCUGGUGAUGAAUUUUUCGCCAAUGCUACAGGAUUGACUCACCCGGAUUCGCAGGAUGAGACGUUCCCGCAUUCUGUGUCUUUUGUUACCGGCACAAUCCCUCGUACCAAAGUUGGUACUCUGGAACAAAUUUUGUGGAGAGUAUUGAGAGGUAAUUUGUUUUUCAAGCAUGUAGAGUUGCCAGAACCUCUAUAUGACUCUAGAUCCAAGACGAAGGUUCUCAAGAACGCGUUUAUUGUCUUCUCUCACGGUGACAUCAUUUUGCAAAGAGUCAAAAAAGUGGCCGAAUCUUUGGACGCCAGCCUUUACGAUAUUAGCGACAACGGGAAUGCCCGCUCGAAACAACUUGUUGAGAUUAAUUCUCGCCUCGCUGAUAUUUACACCGUGUUGGAAACCACUAACACGACUCUUAAGACCGAGCUCUACGCCAUCUCCAAGGAGAUUCAAAGUUGGAACACGGUGAUUGCUAGGGAAAAAGCUGUUUUUGAAACCUUGAAUUUGUUCGAUUUUGACUCCAAUCGUAAAACUUUGAUUGGUGAGGGUUGGGUUCCUAAGGACGAGCUUAAUAGUUUGCAAGGUCAAUUGGCAAGACUUACCGCCUCUUUGGGCGUUGACGUUCCUUCCAUUAUCCAGGUAUUGGAAACUAACAAGACUCCACCAACGUUCCACAGGACCAAUAAAUUCACCGAUGCUUUCCAAAACAUCGUCGACUGUUAUGGUACCGCCACUUACCGCGAAGUAAACCCUGGUUUACCAACUAUUGUUACCUUCCCCUUUAUGUUCGCCGUCAUGUUUGGUGAUAUGGGUCAUGGUAUGCUGAUGUCCAUGGUUGCUGCUUUGUUGGUCUUCAACGAAAAAGCCCUCGGUAGAAUGAAGAGAGACGAAAUUUUUGACAUGGCUUUCUCGGGUAGGUACAUUCUAUUACUGAUGGGCCUUUUCUCGAUCUACACCGGGUUUUUGUACAAUGAUAUGUUCUCCAAAUCUUUGACUUUGUUCAAGUCUGGUUGGAAGUGGCCAUCUCACUGGGAAGAAGGUGAAGCUAUUGAGGCUAAGGCGAUCGGAACUUAUGUCAUGGGCUUAGAUUGGGCUUGGCAUGGAACUGAAAACGCUUUACUGUUCAGCAACUCUUACAAAAUGAAAUUGUCGGUUUUACUUGGUUUCAUUCACAUGACUUACUCCUACAUGUUUUCGUUGGUCAACGCCCUUUACUUUAAGAACUGGAUUGACAUUGUGGGUAACUUCAUUCCAGGUCUCUUGUUCAUGCAAGGUAUCUUCGGAUACUUGUCCAUCUGUAUUGUAUACAAGUGGACAAUCGACUGGGUGAAAGACGAAAGGGUUGCACCAGGUCUACUUAACACUUUGAUCAACAUGUUUUUGUCACCAGGUAACGUGGCCGAAGAGCUCUACCCCCAUCAGGCCAAGGUUCAAGUGAUACUUCUCAUCGUAGCCUUGAUUUGUGUCCCUUGCUUGUUAUUAAUCAAGCCUCUACAUUUCAAGUUCACUCAAGGCAAGGAAAGCCAUAACGGCUAUGUUGCUACCGAUUCACAGGAUGGAGGUGAAGGUUUAGUUGAACAUAACGACCAGCUUGUGAAAGAUGAUGACGACGAUGAAGAGGAAGGAAGUGGUCAUGGAGAAGAAUUUGGAGACGUGGUUAUCCACCAGGUCAUUCACACCAUCGAGUUCUGUUUGAACACCGUUUCACACACUGCCUCCUACUUGCGUUUGUGGGCUUUGUCCCUGGCUCACGCCCAGCUUUCUACAGUGUUGUGGACUAUGACAAUUCAAAUUGCCUUCAACUUUAGAGGUGUGACAGGUGUAAUUAUGACAAUUGUUUUAUUCACUAUGUGGUUCGUCCUAACUUGUGUCAUCCUGGUUCUUAUGGAGGGUACUUCCGCUAUGUUACACUCCUUGCGUCUACAUUGGGUCGAGUCGAUGUCCAAGUUUUUUGAAGGUGAAGGUACGCCAUACCAGCCUUUCAAAUUCCAGCCUGCUGAUUUUGAGGUAAUUGAGUAA